AUUUCUCCUCUGGAAUCCAGACAGGAGUCUCUCCCAUUUCCAACUCACCUCCAGAGCAAAAAGGGUCAAAAAAACACACACUGGCUUUUAGAUUUCAAGGGUUGAUUUUUCCCUUUUUUUCUUCGAAGAAAUAUAAGACCCAGUCUCUAUCUUGCUCUUCCUUUUAUUUUCUUUUCUUUGAAGCAAAGCAAGAGAAGAGGUGAUGGCAGGGUACAGAGCUGAAGAUGAUUAUGAUUACCUCUUCAAGGUGGUGCUGAUCGGUGAUUCUGGUGUGGGCAAGUCCAAUCUGCUCUCUAGGUUCACUCGAAAUGAGUUCAGCUUGGAAUCUAAGUCCACUAUUGGCGUGGAGUUUGCUACUCGCAGCUUGAACGUCGAUGGAAAGGUCAUCAAGGCCCAGAUUUGGGACACUGCUGGCCAAGAGAGGUACCGUGCCAUAACUAGUGCUUACUACAGAGGAGCAGUGGGUGCAUUACUUGUGUAUGAUGUGACACGACAUUCGACAUUUGAAAAUGUUGAAAGGUGGCUAAGGGAGUUGAGGGACCAUACUGAUCCCAACAUUGUGGUCAUGCUUAUCGGUAAUAAAUCAGAUCUUCGCCACCUUGUUGCCGUCUCCACAGAGGAUGGGAAAUCCUUUGCAGAGAGAGAGUCCCUCUACUUCAUGGAAACUUCUGCACUGGAAGCAACUAAUGUGGAAAAUGCAUUUGCUGAAGUUCUUACUCAGAUCUACCGCAUCGUAAGCAAGAAGGCUAUGGAGACUGGUGAUGAAGGUGCUGCUUCAGCUGUUCCAUCGCAAGGAGAGAAAAUCGACGUCAGUAAAGAUGUUUCUGCUAUGAAGAGAGUAGGAUGCUGCUCAAGCUAGGAGUUUAGUCUGAAUUAAAUUGUGAGGGAGGAUGGAGGUGGUUUGUUUUUGCUGCAUCUGUUUUAAAUGUACACCAUUAUUGUGUAAAAUUUUCUCCAAAGAUUCCCACAGAAGGAUAGCUGGGGAUUGAUUUUUCAGAGCUUUUCCUUUUGACUGUUAUUUUCUAGCUGACAAGGGAGCUUAAUUAGGAACAAGUUAUUACACUAUUGUUUUUAAAAAUAGUUCUGAGUGAAGUCUGAACCUGCAUUAAGCUAUC